GUGGGUCCAAGCAUUAAUCGGGGCCAUAUAUCAUCCAUGAGCCUUUCUUGGAAUUUGUUAAGUCAUCUGUUAGUUAGCAUGGGCAAUAGUAACUGCCUCAAAGCAUCCCUAACAGUUUCACUUUGUUUCCAUACCAAAACAAAAUUAUCCCUCUUUCCAUUGCCUCUCUCAAAGCUCAGAAUCUCUUCUUUUUCUUCAUUCAUAACUACCAAAACUACAAACCCAAAUGGCAAUCACACUUCAAAGGAACAAACUCUCCUCUCUCUCUUCAAACAAUGUUCCACCAUCAAACAUGUCAAACAAAUUCAUGCCCACCUUGUCCACACAGGCCUUGAUCAAAACCUCUAUCUUGUUGGCAAGAUCAUUGUGUUUUGCGCCGUUUCGGACCACGGUUCAAUGGAUUAUGCAGUUUCAGUCUUUGAAAAUACUGAAAACCCAGAUGGGUUUCUUUGGAACACAAUGAUUAGAGGGUUUGGAAGGACAAAUCAAGUGUAUAAAGUUUUUGAUUGCUUCAAGAAAAUGCAAGAAAAGGGAGAGAAAGCAGACAAUUUCACACUCUCUUUCUUGCUUAAAGUUAGUGGACAGUUAGGAUCAGUUGUGUUGGGAAAGCAAAUGCAUUGUUGUACUCUCAAACAUGGCCUUGAAACCCAUGUGUUUGUGAGGAACACUCUCAUUCACUUGUAUGGCAUGUUGGGGAUCACUGAAAUUGCCCACCAACUGUUUGAUGAAAUACCCAAACCAGAACUUGUAGCUUGGAACACCAUAAUUGAUUGCCAUGUCCAUUGUGGAAACCAUAGAAAAGCACUUGAGUUGUUUUCGAGGAUGUUGAGAAGCAGCGUAGAACCAGACGAGGCCACAUUGGUUGUGACCCUCGCAGCUUGCUCUGCCUCAGGUGCGUUGGAGUUUGGGAGGUGGGUACAUUCAUUUAUUUGCCGCACUACCCUUGUUGAUAUUGUUUCGGUCUCUAAUGCCCUGAUUGACAUGUAUGCCAAGUGUGGAGAAGUUAAAGAAGCAUAUGAUAUUUUCAAUAACAUGAUUAAGAGGAACAUAGUAUCAUGGAAUUCGAUGAUUCUAGGGUUAGCAAUUCACGGUCAUGUAGAUGAAGCAUUGGUACUGUUCUCAAAAAUGUUAGAAGAGAAGCUUGAGAGACCAAAUGAUGUUACUUUCUUAGGAGUUUUAUGUGCUUGUGGCCAUGGAGGAAUGGUUGAAGAGGGAAGAAGGUACUUCGAUAGUAUGCAAAAAGACUACCAUAUCCAACCAACAAUAAAGCAUUAUGGAUGCAUGGUGGAUGUUUUGGGCCGAGCAGGGUUAGUUGAGGAGGCUUAUCAGUUGAUAAGGGACAUGCCGAUGGAAUGCAAUGCCAUUGUUUGGAGGACUUUGUUGGCUGCUUGUCGGUUGCAUGGUAACGUUGAACUAGGGGAGCAGGUGAGGAGGCAUCUUUUGGAUUUGGAACCGGAUCAUAGUAGUGAUUAUGUUCUUCUAGCAAACAUGUAUGCAAGUGCGGGUCAAUGGGAUGACACGGCUAGAGUAAGAAAAUCAAUGAGGGAGAGGGGAGUUCAGAAACCUCAGCCCGGUAAUAGCCUCUUUGGCAUUCAUCCAAGGUUGCCGGAGCCAACCAAUGCUUUGGCAGAGAUUGGAGAGAUAAGAACUGCAUAUACAGCUUAAUUUUGUAUAAACUUCUUAUUCACAUGAUGUAUAUUCAGAUGAUUGAAUUUUAUCCACACUGGAUCGAAAAAUCAAAGUACAAUGAUUUCUGAUA